UCGCAAGGGCUGUCUGGGAGAUGUAGUCCUAUCGCUUCCCCGGCCUUGGUGUGUCUGGGAGGUGCAGGGAGGAGAGGUGUGUACAGUGUAGUGUCUGUCGGAGACUCUUGUGCCGUCCGGUUGGUAUCGAUGUAAAACAAAUUGUAAGAAGAUGACUGCGAUAAAGCACGCCCUGCAGAGGGACAUAUUUACGCCAAAUGAUGAACGUCUCCUGAGCAUUGUGAAUGUGUGCAAGGCUGGGAAAAAGAAGAAGAACUGCUUCUUGUGUGCGACUGUAACCACGGAACGUCCUGUAUGUGUGAAAGUGGUGAAAGUAAAGAAGUCUGACAAAGGGGAUUUCUACAAAGCGCAGACUGUCUGGCCGCUCCAGGACCUGUCUAUGGUGGAUGCCAGAGAUGCUGUCAAAGAGAAUCCAGAUUUUGAUUUACAUUUUGACAAAAUCUAUAAGUGGGUUGCCAGCAGCCCCGCUGAGAAGAACGCAUUCAUUUCCUGUAUCUGGAAACUGAACCAAAGAUACCUGAGAAAAAAAAUCGACUUUGAACAUGUCAGCGCUCAGCUUUUGGAAGAACUGCCUAAAGUUGCUGAAGAAUCCGUCCCUAGUGGAGAGAACCAGAGUGUGGCCGGGGGAGAGGAAGAGGCAGCAGCUGAGUACCAGGAGCUGAAUGCCAGGGAGAAGCAGGACAUUGAGUUCAUGAUGGAAGGCUGUACAUAUGCUAUUUCCAAUGCAGAAGCCUUUGCAGAGAAGUUGUCUAGGGAGCUGCAGGUCCUGGAUGGGGCAAACAUCCAGUCCAUCAUGGCCUCGGAGAAGCAAGUGAACAUACUGAUGCAGCUGUUGGACGAGGCACUGAAAGAGGUGGAUCAGAUUGAGGGCAAGUUGAGCAGUUAUGAAGAGAUGCUCCAGAGCGUGAAAGAGCAAAUGGAUCACAUCUCGGAAAGCAACCACCUAAUCGAGCUCAGCAAAGCCAACAGUGAGACCCUGCUGGGGCAAAUUGAGUUCCUCGUUAACCAUAUGGACUUAUCGAAAGGUCACAUAAGGGCUCUCCAGGAGGCUGACCUUUCCUCCCCGUGCGGGAUUGAGGCUUGCACUAAUGCAGCAGAAGCACUUCUGCAGUGUAUGAAUGUAUCUCUUCAACCAGGACACUCCAUGCUCCAGGCUGUAAAGCAGCAGCGACAGCUGUUUAUUGACCUUCGGGAGAAGUUUGCUGGCAGACUGGCCAGUCACUUGAACAACGUCUUUAUCCAGCAGUUCACUCAGAUGUUCCCGCACUUGUAUAGCAGGUCCUACUAUCUCUCUAUGGCAGGCCACGACCAGACUUCAUCCCUCUCUGCAGAAAUGACAUUACCAAACCACCACCCUUUUCACCGUGACCUUCUACGAUACACAAAGUUGAUGGAGUGGCUCAAAAACACAGAACGUGCAAGAUAUGAAGGACUUGCGAAGAAUUACACGGAAAACAUUGUGCGAUUGUAUGACCGAGAGAUCAGGGACUUUUUUGAGGUGGCAAAAAACAAGAUGACUGGGGCUACUAAAGAAGGGAAGAAGUUCGCUACACUGCCUCGAAAAGAGACUGCCGUCAAACAGGAGACUGAAAGUCUUCAUGGGAGCUCUGGAAAGCUGACGGGAUCCACAUCCAGUCUGAACAAACUGUCAGUCCAGAGCUCGGGAAGCCGUAGAUCUCAGUCAUCUUCAUUGUUGGAUAUGGGCAACAUGUCUGCCUCUGAUCUGGAUGUUGCAGACCGUACCAAAUUUGAUAAGAUCUUCGAACAGGUCUUAAGUGAACUGGAGCCGCUCUGUCUGGCCGAACAAGAUUUCAUCAGUAAAUUCUUUAAUCUAUCCCAGCAUCAGAGCAUGCCUCGGACACCCAUGGUUGAUGUCUACGAUGGCAGCCAUUCAUCCCGAAUUCAAAAUACCGGAGUGUUACCAGCAGUAUCCUCAGAGAAGGAUUCAGUCCGAAGGAUGAUGAUUAAUAUAUUUCACUGCAUUGAACCAGAACUGAACAAUCUUAUUGCCUUGGGAGACAAGAUAGACAGCUUUAACUCUAUGUACAUGCUAGUGAAGAUGAGCCACCAUGUGUGGACCGCAGAAAAUAUAGAUCCCGCCUCCUUCCUGAGUACUACACUCGGCAAUGUCCUGGUUACAGUGAAAAGAAACUUUGAUAAGUGCAUCAGCAGCCAGAUCAAGCAGAUGGAGGACGUAAAGAUCUCCAAGAAGAGCAAAGUCGGCAUUCUUCCAUUUGUGUCCGGAUUUGAGGAAUUUGCUGAGCUGGCCGAAACCAUCUUCCGAAUAGCCGAGAGAAGAGGAGAUUUAGAUAAAGCUUAUGUAAAACUGAUAAAAAACGUUUUCAUCAAUGUUGAAAAAGUUGCGAAUGAAAGUCAGAAGACUCCCCGGGAUGUGGUCCUGAUGGAGAACUUCCACCACAUCUUUGCUACUCUUUCUCGCUUAAAGAUUUCCUGCUUGGAAAUGGAGAAACGGGAGGCCAAACAGAAAUACAGUGACCAUCUGCAGUCAUACGUCAUAUACUCCCUGGGACAUCCACUGGAGAAAUUAAAUAUAUUCUUUGAAGGGGUCAAAGCACGUGUUGCCCAAGGAAUUGGCUAUGAGGAAGUAAGCUACCAGUUGGCAUUCAGUAAGCAGGAGCUGCGUAAAGUCAUAAAGGACUAUCCUGGUAAAGAAGUGAAGAAGGGUCUGGAUAACCUUUACAAAAAAGUGGAUAAGCACCUGUGUGAGGAGGAGAACCUGUUACAGGUGGUGUGGCACACCAUGCAGGAUGAAUUCAUCCGUCAGUAUAAGCACUUUGAGGGUCUGAUUGAGAAAUGUUACACUGGAGCUGGAAUCACAAUGGAAUUCACCAUUCAGGACAUCCUGGAGUAUUUCUCUAGCAUUGCACAGUCUCAUUAGCCAAACAAAAGGUGCAAAGAAGGAGAGAAGCACUUUAAGUGUCACCUACAUGGAAGGGGAAAUGACAAAACAAAAGUCUGCCUUAAAGCCUAUGUCUUUGCUCAUAUGCUGCCACCUCUAGUAGAUGGACUUCUGAAGCUAAUGUUAUGGCUGGUGGAAAUUUACUGCACCGAGAGUAGGAACAAACAUCAUUUAACUCUACCAUAACCUGCAUUCCUCAUGCUGAAUGUGGUUAUCGUCUGUAUACUCUGUCUCAUUCUCAGUGGUAAUCAGUGAUUUGGCGUGUUAUAACUGUCUCUCAUAGCAGUGACAAAUGAGUUGUCCCUUAAUUUCCAGAUAUCUAGUGAUGCACAUCAUUUCCACAAACCCUGCUAAUGAGGUAUAUAUGCAUUACUGUAAACUGUCUACAGGUCUAUAUAGCACAAACAUUACACGUAAGUGUGAGUCUUCACUAAGUGUGUGGGGGCCAAUGGAAUUACUCCAUAUAAUGAUGUAGACAUUCAGAAAUAUUGGUUAACAUAAUAGAAUGUUUUUGCUAAGAUGAAAUCUCAUUAUUUAUAUUUUUGUUUUUAAAAAGAUUUUUUUUCGACUCUAAAGCUAUUGUAAUUUAUUACUAUCUUUAACUUACUGUCUUUAGUUUCCUUUAUUCAUGCUGUUUUUCAACAAGGUAUUUAUAUUUUUAAAGUUUUUUUUUCUUUUUUUUUAAAUGUUCAUUUCCCUUGGAUAUGGCACAGAGCUGUUCUGAUUACAGUUACAGCCGGUGUGUGGUGUUAGAUCUGUGUCACAUCCAAAGUGAUACAUUGAAAAUUACAGAAAGCAGCUAAAAAGAUCAGGAAACUGGAAGAAAGUAAGGUAAAUACAAUCAAAGCUGCCUGAUACUGGAUGCCCCUUUUAAUUAUAUGUCCAAUUUUUUUCCUCUGAUAUAGCAGUGGACUUGGAUUUACAUAUAGAAUCUGUGCAAACAUGAGUGCAUAUAGAACAUGUCAGUGCAUAUUCACAUGAACAUCUUAAACACUUUUAAAAUGCUUUUGCUAGUAAUUUUUAUGUCAAAGUUAUUUCUCAAAAACACCUUUUUUUGGGGGGGGGACGACAACUAUAUUAUACUACUGAUUACAUUCCAUAAACUACAAAAAUGUCAUUUCCUGUAAUGAUGAGUUACAUUUGCCUGCACUAGAGUUUUGGAAUAUAUUAAAGUGCAUACAGGUUUAACUUAUUGCCCAAAUGUCUGAUUUUGAAACCACAGAUACAUUUGUUGGUGACCUGAGAAUCGAGAUUUUCUACCCUUUCAAAGCAGAUCUGUCCCCUAAACACAGCGGCACGUUACAGAUCUAUCUGAACAAACCUCACCAAACUAAACAAGUGACACUUGCAGGAUGUUGCAGCUUUAUAGUUGUCUCUGCCUGAUUCAGGUGUGGUUGGAGGUGCCGUCGCUGCGCCUUACAUAGAAGCAGAAGUAAUAGCACUAAUAUCAGUAGCGGAUCUUGCCACGGGCAAGCAGGACUUUUGCUGCUGUCAGUGCUGUGCCCCCCGCUGCCGCUGCCCCCCGCCGUGAAGGGAACUAGACGCGUAGCGUCUAGUAGUUUCCCUUCGUGGAGAGGACCUUUGUUGUGCGGUGCGCGAUGAUGUCAUUGCGCACCGCACAUCAUUUCAGCCACGCCCCUAUUGCCCGCCCGGGGCGCUGCAAACCCUGGAGCCGGCCCUGACUAAUAUGUUAAUACUGCAGGAGGCGUCUGAUAUUAGGAAAAGCCUCCUGCUUGCAUCAGUAAUCCAUGCCACAACGGAUCACCUGCGACACCAUGAAGUGUCACAAACCAGCCACUGCAGAUCGGAGGCCUUGAAAUCACAUCUCCAUUUUGAGAAACGCCGCCAGUUGCCAUACCCUCCCUGCCCCAAAACAGUUACAGACUGUCAAUCGCUGACCCUCUGCUGCCAACGACGCAGACCCAUACUGCACAGGUCCAGUGUAUGAGCCGCAGCUCCAUCCACAUCUGAAUCGUGCCCUCUGUAAUCAUCUUUUUGCUUGUCUGCAUGAACAAAUCAUGUACUGGCAGCAGUGUGCUCAUGUGCACCUGAGAAACAUCCUGUUACAUCAUCUAACUGCCAGCUUUUCAGUUAAUUGGUUCUGAAUGAUCACAUGAGCUGUUUCACUUAGCUCUCAGCAAGAGCCAAUUUCUGACAUUGAGAGGGAGGAGCAGAGUUUUAUAGCUCAUUUAUCUCAGCAUGAUAGCAUUUUUAAAACUUUGUGAUGGGUAUGCCUUAUGAAGAAAGUUUAAUAUAAUCAAGUUAAAUAAAAAUAGAUCUCUUCUUCGGGGUCCAUGGUCUCCAUAGGGUUAAUUCUUAACUUUGGGGUAUGAUCUGUUGGAGACCAGGACUGGCACCAAACAAUAAAGUUUGUGAGGCUCGCAGGAUGCAGUGGGCUCCUCUGCCUUCAUACCCCGUCCCCCAUGCUCAGGCACUUCAGUUUUUUUGCAGUGCCAACAUGGAGAUAGUCACACUGAAGAAGCUUUUGUUUUUUAACAAUUUUAUUCUCUAACAAUUUUUAAUUCUUACUGAGCAAUCAGCGUCUGAUAGUCCAACGGGAAGCCAGCGCUGAUGCUCCAACAUCCCCACCAGGCCACGACCCCACAGCUGGGUGUGUAAUUUCGGCGGGACCCCUGGCAAAAUUCCUUCACUGGCAGAGGUGCAGGCACACCUGGGAUUGCAACCGGAUCACUGGGGGACAGGUAAGGCGGGUAACCAGCUUGCAGGACCUGUGUAUAGCGCAGUCCAUUUACCGCUGGCCUGGGGAGAGGGCCAGUGGCGCUGACAUGCUCCUGGACCAUUAAGUGUUCCCUACGGCCGCACUAGACCACCAGGGCUGUAAUGUACACUGGUGCUGGGGACCAGGAGAACCAGUGGGGGAGGUCAGCCCUUCCCCAGCUGCCCCUCCCCCAGCCCAGGGCGCCAUUCCACAGCGGUCUUCCCGUCCUGGACUGCUCCUCGCUCAUCCUCCUCCACAGAGAUGCUGGGCAGCCAUUAUCUGAGCUCUGCAGGUCUCCUGAGCGG